GAGAGCUGAGAUUAUUUAAGAGUCAGUACCGAACAACCGUGAACUUCAUUCGAGAGUUGAAUCUAAGUGGAUACAAGCAUGAAGCUCACACUUUUCGUUGUCCUGUGUGGACUGGCUACGGUCUUGGCCGUUCCGAUGACCGAGCUGGCCACUCGUUCCGAAGAGUUCCGCCUCCUUUUUGACGCGCUGCAUACAGAGAAGGACGAAUUUGUUAAGCUCACUCGUACGCUGACCCGUGCCGAGCUGAAGAUGUUGAACGAAGCUUCCCAGAAACUGUUGGCUCAGAUGUGGAAUGAUGUCGAGCACUUCUUCGACGAUACCCGGGCCCUGAUAGCGGAGUUUAUUCUGUAUCCGAAUGCCGUCGAAGAUUGCCUGCUGGGACUGACGGAGGAAAUCGUGGCCGAGCGUAUUCGUGCGGCUGGUGAAAUGAGUUCGUGCGCUGCCUACAAGAUCAACAUCAAGGAAAGCCUGGCGGAUGAGUUCCGUCAACUGGGCAAUGUUCUUCAGCGUAUCUCGACGGCGGCCGCUGAGUACACGUUGUUCACGUUCGCGAGCCACAAUUCCUUCAUCGAUUCAGCCGGUCAUCUGCGUUGGUUGGAGGAAAACUACGAGAACCAGCGGGUGUUUUGGGAAACUACGGCCCGGACGGAGGCACAAGCGGACUUGGAUGCACUGGAGGUGAACCGUCCGGCUUUGAUACAAGAAUUUACCGCGUGUUUGAAUGUCAUCAGAGAUCAAAUGACGGUAGUCGAUCGUAACAUUAACCAGCGUUUGCCGCGUUGUUUGAAUGAUUAAGCUGCAGGAAGAAUGGUCAAUAAAGAAUGCUUGUAGGAAUAGA